AAAUUGCCUCAGUCGUGGCCGAGGUCCAGGCCGCUCGAGCCGCCCACGCCCCAUCCGACGAUGGCCGCCGCCGUGCACCUCCGCCCUCUCCACUCGCUCGCCCUCCCUCCCCCCGCGGCGAAGGCCGCGCCCAGCUGGCUCCACCUCCCGGCGAAACCCGGGGCACGGAGGAGGGGUAGCCGACUCGCCCUGCUCGUCUGCUCCGCGUCGUCCCCGGCGCCCGCGGGUCCCUCGUCCUUGGGCGGGGGCAGCGCCGCGGCGUCCGCAGCGGCCAAGUGGGCGGAGUGGAUCCCCCGCGCGGCGGCCGGCGGGGCGGGGGCGGGCCCGGAGCAGGUGCUCAGGCUCAUCUCUGGCGCCGCGGCCACGCCCGUUUGCCAGUUCGUCGAUAAACCGCGCACCUUCCUCCACUCCGUCGACCCGCGCGUCAAGCUGGUGUGGCUCUUGGCCCUUGUUGUCCUACCAGCCAGAUCAAACAUUUAUAUGCGGUUUGGUUUGGUUGCAUUCCUGGCUCUUCUUUCAGUGUGGAUUUUGCCAAAUCAUGUUUGGAAGGAUCAACUUGGAAGGGUUGCUCUCCUUUCAGGAUUCAUAUUCAUAAUGCUGGGAUUUGGUGCCGAUGGUGCGCCUUCAUUAGUUCAGACAAGAACUCCUCCCCCUUCUGUUCUAGGCAUACCAAACGUUCCUUGCUCUACAAGUGGGUAUUCUUACACAAUCAUGAAACUGGGACCACUCCAAUUUACAAGGAAAGGCCUAUCAGUAGCAAGUACUUCGGCAAGCCUCUCCUUUGUGAUAUUUCAAAGCGCGAGUCUCUGCUUAACAACAACCACUCCUGAGCAGCUUGCUUCUGCUUUGUGGUGGUUUAUGAUUCCAUUGAAGCACAUUGGUGUACCGGUACCUGAGAUAAUACUUACACUACUACUUUCGUUGAGGUUCAUUAAUUUAGUAUUUGAUGAGGUCCGCAACUCAGCACUGGCGAUUGUAGCACGGCGGAUAAACUGGAAAAAGCUGUCAGCUAUGGAAACUAUAGAUGUUUUCUUCAACUAUAUCCAGCGAAUAUUCAAAAACAUAUUUGAUCACGCAGAACAAAUAUCCAAGGCAAUGAUAGCUCGAGGAUUUCGUGGUGAUCCAAGCAAUCACAAGAUCUACUUUCUUAGAGAAUCUUCGUUUGGCUUUGCGGAUCUAUUUUCAUUGCUUUGCUUGUUUGCUCUAAUGGGCCUGGCUUCCUAUUCUGAUCAGUUGGUUUGAUGGAAUGCAUUGGAAUUAUCAUGAGAACUUCAUUCCUUAUUAUCGCAAAAUGUGAUUGAACGACUUCAAUUGUAGGCCUUCUUGAAGAAGCACAUUGAAUUUUGUGAAAACAAAGAACAGGAUUUGUUGAGCAAAAAGCUAGAGUUCAAGGUGUAAAUAUACCCUAUUACCCUCUAUCCGAAACCAGUACAAAAGUGCUACACUAACACGAUGUUCCAAGCAGUCAUUUCUAGGCACAACAACAUGCAUCCUUUGGAAGGCAGGAACGAUUUUUUGAUUGACAUCCGAUUCCAGUCAUUGGUAGGCAACUAGGCACAACAUUACAUGCGUCCUUUGCAAGGCAGCAAACGGAUCAUGGAAGGCUAUGGCUGUGUAAAUACGUUGAAAUGUUCAAUGAUGCGUUGUCAGAUUUGAACCUAACUUCAAAAUGGGAAAUGCCGAGUGAAUGCUAGUCAAAGGGAAUUGCCCAGCAAUGCUUUUCCAUUCUGUUGUAGAAACCUUUCAAACAACUAUCCUACCAGUGCCAGUGAUACCAAACUAGUAACAUGAAAAGAAAGUUUACUCUAA